AUGUCGUCGUUCUGGCGGUCUCUGACCGGCCCGAUGGGCGAAUGGGCUCGUUCGUUGGGACGCGGUCGAGACGGACAGAGCAGCGCCUCCAUGCGACGCGCCUCGUCCAGAAAAGCUCUGUCGCCACGGCCUUGGCCGGCCGACAGCGUCGUCGUCAAUGCCGACGGUUUGUCUAUUCGCGUGACCAGCGGCGGUGGCGAGGGACACGGCGACGGAGACCUCGAAGCCGACGCCGAGGCAGAUGCCGACGGCGACGCCGAGCCGGACGGCGACGGCGACAGCGACGGCAACGGCAACGGCUGCGCUGAUUGGCUGGGCCUGAUGGGCCAAACCUUGGGCAAACGAGAGCCGGCCUCUGAUUGGCCCAGUUUCGAGGUCGCCGUGUGCGCUUUCAGCGCGAUCGACUUGCUACUCCAGACGAGUCGUUCGGCCGGUACCGGCGUCUGA